AGGGGACUUCCCAGACGACUUUCUUUACAAAUAUUAAUUACACUCUACAGUGAAAGUCAUUCAAUUUAGAUCUGUUAUUGCGACAGUAUCCCGUGACAAGGCUGUGCACAUCAUGGAUGUUCAUAUGCCAUCCUUGAUCGGGGACCGUUCAAAUAUGAUUGCUGAACCCGACAUCCAGAUCUUUGAGCAGCCUAAACAAAGAGGCAUGCGAUUCAGAUACAAGUGUGAGGGCCGUUCUGCAGGCAGCAUCCCUGGAGAAAGGAACUCUGACAACAACAGAACCUAUCCCAGCGUACAGAUUUUGAACUACUGUGGAAAAGGCAGAGUGCGUGUUUCUUUGGUGACAAAGAAUGAGCCCUACAGGCCCCAUCCUCACGACCUGGUGGGCAAGGACUGCAAAGAUGGCUCCUAUGAAGUGGAGUUCGGCCCUGAUCGCAGGGUCAUUGCCUUUCAGAAUCUGGGAAUUCAGUGUGUGAGGAGAAGGGAGGUGAAGGAAGCCAUCGUCAAGAGGAUGGCUGGAGGCAUAAACCCCUUCAAUGUGCCCCAGGAGCAGUUGCUGCAGACUGAAGAGUACGACCUCAACGUGGUGCGCCUCUGUAUCCAGGUGUUCCUGCAGGAUGACAGUGGACACUAUGCGCGCGCCCUCCGACCAAUCGUCACCAACCCCAUCUAUGACAACAGGGCUCCAAACACGGCCGAGCUGCGAAUCUGUCGCGUCAACAGGAACAGCGGCAGCGUGAAGGGAGGGGACGAGAUCUUUCUCCUGUGUGACAAAGUCCAGAAAGAUGACAUCGAGGUUCGUUUCUUUGUGUCGGGAGGUUGGGAAGCCAAAGGCUCCUUCUCCCAGGCCGAUGUCCACCGCCAGGUGGCCAUCGUGUUUAAGACGCCGCCCUACUAUGACCUGUCAAUCAUCAGCCCCGUCACUGUGCGAAUGCAGCUGCGCCGGCCCACAGACCAGGAAGUCAGCGAGCCAAUGGAGUUCCGCUACCUACCCGACGACAAAGACCCUUAUGGCUGCCAGGAGAAGAAGCGAAGGAGAGAGCACUUGAUGAAAACCUUUCCUCUGUUAAGCGAUGGUAUGAAUGUAUCGAACAGACCCAAAGUAAUGUCUCAGAGCUCCAGGAAAGACACAGCACACAUGUACCUGAAGCAACCUCCCUUCCCUCAAAUGAUGCACCAAAGUCCUGCCCCUGCAUACUACAACCACAGUGUUCAGCGAACCAUGCAGAUGCCCAGUGUGUCACCCAACCAGGUGUGGCCACACCUCAACCCCUCCCUAUCAUUGGAUAGCAUUCGAGUUAACCCUCAAAGCACCAGCAGCAGUACGAGUGGCUUACCCCAGCUCACCACGUUGGACCUGCAGUGUUUAGAGCCCAACACUCAGGGUUCCUCUGUCUGCCAGGCUAGGCCUGGCCCUCCCCACCACCCCCAUUCCCACCACCAGCAAGCCCUCCAAAGGAAAGAGCCACUCCCUGAAGUCCAGGCCAGCCACAGUGGCCAGAGCUAUGGUCUUCCGACAUCCUGGCAUAAUGUCAACCCUCUCCCCUCACCCCUGGGGAAUGUUGAAAACAGGGGGGCUUCCUUGGAACUGGAGUCAUUACUUGACCUCCAGAGCUUUGUAGGAGGGGGAGACCAGACAGCAAUGCAGAUGAAGCAGGAAUACCAAAGUGGGAGGCCAGAGGGCCAGGGCUGUAACAUGGCUCCUCCUGUAGACCCCAACCAUGGUGCCUCAUAUGCCAACUUAGCCCAAUGGUCUGCAAGCAACGGAACUAACAUGGAGGCAAUGAGACAGGAGGGCAAUGGAAAUGCCAACAUUCAGGCCCUCAGAAAUGUACAAAGCCCCUUAUCAGCCAACGGGGGGGGACAAGACGGCUGCUAUAACUAUCUGAGCCCAUGGCCAAGCCAGUAUAACGAGUGACAGUGCAGAUGUUUUGAAGUCUGAAGAAACACCCGUGGCAGCUCAUUAAAUGUAGGGGGAAGCUUUGACGUGUGACAAUGAGUCACAAAGUGUGCUGGAUUGUGGUGAUACUUGUGAAAUAGAUCUGAUAUUCAGGGCAAAAUGUUAGUCUACUGGUUAUGUGUAUUCUCUCUCGUCUCAGUCCACCUGAAGGGAACUUGUGUGCUGUUCGAAUGCCUUUCUUUAUGUUGAUGUUUUUUCUUGUUCUACGGUAUAUGGGAUUAUAGAUUUGGGUUUCACAUUUGAAAGUUAAAGCUAAAAAAUGACAUAUUGUUACAGUUUUGGCGUCCAGGACUCAUGUGCACAUGCUGUCUGUAAGAAUGGCAAAAAAAAAACAUGUUUAAACUCCCAAGAAGUUACUCACAUUUCCAUUGAGGAAGUAUGGAAAUGUCCAGUCAGUAGCACUGUUGUGUUCCUUAGUAAUGGCUAUGUCAUAUUAAUCACAUGUGCUGUCAGAAUAAUGGUGUGGAAAAGAAAACUGAUGCACUAGUACCACUCAAUACUUUUUCUCUCAAUUGUAUAUAGCUUUAAUAUUUUAAUUAAGAUGUUUCAAUGCUGAUGGCUUCUGUUUUUUAAAUACAAAAUACUUUGUUAAUAAAGAAAAUAUUUUAUUCCA